AGCACGUGGGCGGGGCUUGAGAGAUGGCUCGUCUGUUGCACUCUCUAGCGGUUCUAGUGGCAGUGUUAUGGAGCGUGGAGGCGGCCAGAGAGCAGCAGAGCACUCACACCAACAACUGGGCAGUGCUGGUGUGUGCCUCUCGCUACUGGUUCAACUAUCGUCAUGUAGCCAACACCCUCUCCAUCUAUCGCAGUGUCAAGAGGCUUGGUAUUCCAGACAGGUGUGUCUGAAUAACAAUUAUAGCUGCACCCCUUUUUGUUAAUCAUAUGGUGUAAUACAUUGGAACCCCUCUAAUAAAGACACCAAUGGGACAGAAUAGAGUGCCCAUAAUGUUGGCAAUGUGUGGGUGUUGUGUCUGAUAGUGUGGGUGUCUCUCUCGUUGCCUCCAGCAAUAUCAUCUUAAUGCUGGCAGACGACAUGGCCUGCAAUGCCAGGAACCCACGACCAGGUGGGUAGCCAACGCUACCGUCUUUAACAAUGCCAAUCAACACAUCAACGUGUACGGGGACGAUAUUGAAGUCGAUUACAGGGGCUAUGAGGUGACAGUUGAAAAUUUUCUAAGAGUUUGACAGGGAGGCUGGACUCCAGUGUUCCCCGGUCAAAGAGAUUACUGACUGAUGACAGGAGCAAUGUUCUCAUAUACAUGACUGGUCACGGUGGAGACGGGUUCCUCAAGUUUCAGGACGCGGAAGAGAUUUCCAGCGCCGAGUUGGCAGAUGCGUUCGAACAAAUGUGGCAAAAGAGAAGGUAUAAUGAGCUGAUGUUCACGAUAGAGACUUGUCAGGCAGCCUCCAUGAUACACAAGUUCUACUCCCCCAACAUUGUGGCCAGUGGCAGCAGUCGAGUCGGGGAAGAUGCCCUCUCACACCACAUGGACAGUGCAAUAGGUGUCCACAUCAUUGACCGCUGGACCUUCUAUGCCUGGAGUUUCUCGAGAAAGUCACACCGGCCAGCAAAGCAACUCUCAGAGACUUUUUUGGUUAUUUUGAUCCGGAGAAAGUCAAAUCCCAUCCAGAGCUGAGAACCGACCUCUUCAAAAGAGAUCUCAAUAGAGUGCUAGUGACAGAUUUCUUUGGUAGUGUGAGAAAUACCGAGAUGCUCAACAAAACGGAGCAGGAAGAGACAGAGUCAUUCUUGCAGCAUCUCCACAGCCUUCAGAAUGACUGUUCUAUUGAAGAUACGGACAAUUGCAUCUCAUCACCUCGUCAACCGUCUGAUAUUUCACUGCCAUCGGCUCACAUACUACAGCCCAGCGACCACUUGAAUGUUACUCUGUCAGACGAAACUCGUUUCUCUCUCACUGCGUCCGAAUCGUCUCUCACUCACCAAGUUCUCGGAGUUGUCUUGCUGGCUGCCAUGACCACGGCUGCUGCUAUGGGUCUGUGUACUCUAUUUAAUGCCCACCACACCACAGCGUGAACUGAACACUACAUUGUGCGAGUCAGUCAGAGACCCAUGAAUAUCAUUAUCAGUCAUCACUGUAGUUUUUCGAAUUACAUAGUGCAUUUCAACUGGAAAGUGCUAAAGAAAUGUACAUAACAUAAUAUACAGGUGGAAAUUCAAUUACAAGUCGUAACGAUCUGAGGAGUCUGAUGGCGUGCGCAAGUGUUCGAUGAUUUCAUUGUUCCACGAAACUUUUGUCUUUACACUGCUGGUACUGGUCUCAACUGCACGCUGCAUGAUUCCAUGCUCUGUGGGCGUGGCAUCAUUGUCCUCAUCCCAUCCCAUUCUGCCGCGCUGCGACCCAAUUCCAUACUGGAGUGCCUCCUCGGCCUCGUCUAUCUGGGAGUGUUGCCACGCCCCUUCUCCACGCGGUCCGUUCCUCUGCGGUCUUGGUUCCAGAAUGGGUUGGAAUCCGGGCAGGGUUCGUGGUCUGGGGUGCCCCUCCACUGACGAACGUCUUCCGCUGUUAACUGAACCAUGCCUCUGUCCAUUUGUGUGGCUGUCUGCAGAGCCCCUUCUAGUUUUAUUUGGCUGGUUGUCGAUCGUGCUUCUCCUGAUGUGGCUUGCCAGUGGGGGAGGUGGGUUUUCUAUAGACCCUCUCCGGUCGCGACCUCCAACUGCAUCAUGAGACCCUUGCCUGGAGUGGCUUGGCGUGGCAUCGGUGGAACCACGUCGAGUUUGGCCAGUCAUGUCGCUUGAAUUACGCCGGCUACGGUUGGUCGUAUCGCUGGAGCCUUGUCGACUGUGGCUCGGUGUGUCACUGGUCGAACCGUGCCGGCUGUGGCUUGGUGUGUCGGUCGAGCCGUGACGACUGUGUUUUGGUGUAUCGUUGGAGCCGUAUCGACUCUGGCCCUGUUGACGGUCUACAGAAGCUCUUCUGUGAUGACUGUGGGGCUGGUGAGCCGGUGACUGAACCUGCUGGCUGUCAAGACCACUUUGUCUAUAGUUACCUACCCCCAUUUGUGGGCCAUCGACUGAUCGUUCCGCAUGACCUGAAGAGUGCCCUCUAAGAGACUUCUCCCCAGUUCCGUAUGGAUGAGACCCUCCCUGUACUUGGUAGAACUGGUGAGGAUAGAGAUGUUGUUGAUCUUCAGGACUUGUUGGUAUGCCUCUGUAGUGAAUUGGUGGGUCCAUGUAGCCGUCCCGACCGUGUGUGAAACCGCCGUUAACGUCUGGACUUGGGAGUUCAGAGGCCGUGCUUGUCUCUGUGAACCGAUCAGGGCUGACACCACGGUCAUAUCGAGACGAGACAUUGCUCGCUGUGUCAGUGAGUGCAUCUGGACUUCGAGCACGGUUUUGCCUUCGAGAGUCUCCGGACGAGCGCUCGUUUCUUCCCCUGCUGCUGCGACUGCUCACUCCAGAGUCUGUGUACCGUCUGCUAUAAGGUUCAGGAGGGAACCCUUGGUGCAGUGAUGGUUGUACAGAGAGAGGGCCGAGACCACGAUGCGACGGGCUGCCAACCAUGGAAUGUGGAGGGUGAGAGAGAGGUCCACCGCCGUGAUGAGGUGGGCUACCCACCAACGGUUGGGGAAAGAUGAAGAGAGGACCUCCAGCAUGGUGUGGUGGGCUACCCACUAGUGGCUGUGGAGGCAAAGACAGUGGUCCGAGAUUGUGAUGUGGGGGGCUCCCGACAAGCGGCUGCUGAAAUGUCGGUUGAAACGAGAGCGGCCCGAAGCCACGGUGUGAAGGACUACCAACCGGAGGCUGGGGAGGACCGUAGGAAGUAGGGAUGUACUGCUGGCUCAACUGAGGGUAGCUGGGCUGCGGAUAGUGCAUUGUGGAAGGGUAGUAGGUGGGCUGACUCAACUGGGGAGCAAACAUGGGUACGUCGCUGUAGGUUCUCAUUCUUCCACCGCCACCUACUCCGGGGUAAGGAUGACGGAGUGCAUGUGUCUCAGGGUAGACGUCGGGAUUGUGUAAAUCGUCGAAGUACCGCUGAGGAUAAUCAUCUACUCCCUCGAAUUCGGGAGAGAGUGGGGAAGGGGUGUGUAUUCGGGGCGACAGCAUGGGUCCCUCGGUGUCAAAUGCCUCUGGAUUGCUGAACAUGAGGGGGUCGGGGUCAAAAUCAGGCUCGGCUGUGGGGAGGGUGCGGGGAGGCGUCUUCUUCUUGGCCUUGGGUGUCGAUUCGGGCGUGCGAGUGAGAAACGAGACCCUCUUCUUCUUCAGCGAGCGUCGGAUGCUCGAGCGGAUGUUGUAAGUGAGAGACGUCAGUUUCUCAAGUCGAGACAUUGGUUUCGCUGGAGCUUUCUCGUCUUUCUCCGGCUUUUCAUUGUCUCCUCCUCCCUCUGCCCUUUUUGACAAAGCCGUAGACACUUCUUGAUCAUUCUCGUCCCCUUCUCUCUCCUCCGCUUCGGGAAGAGGCAGGCUUGUGAGCUGCCUCAGGCUCUUCUUCCGCGGUGUCGUGAGGGUUGACGAGCUCCCAGAUUCCGUCACCUUCCACGACACUUCCGCCUUGUUAUGCCGUUGCUUUGCCUCUUUUGUUGGAAGAUCCUCUGCCCCCUGGUUGACUGGUGUCGAAGUCAUAACUGGGACAAGUGGGUCCUUCCGAAGAUCAUUCUCGUCAACGCCAUCCCCUUCCUCUCUUGCCUCUGAUUCCUCCACGGCCAGUGGAUUAGUGAUGCACGUGAGGCUCUUGUACUCUCUCCUCUUCCGAGGUGGCGGGAGUUGAACAGGGGAUUCCCUCGUGGGGACCAUGUCGAGUGACGCCUGCCUCAUGAGAGGCCGGUUACUGGUCAGGGAGCUCGUCUCUUCCUCGCUCAUUGUCUUGCCACUGGCCAUAAACCCUGAGCUUCUCAUCUCGUCCCUCGACAUGGUGUUAUUGCUGCUGAGGAAGGAGUUUCGCGAGCCGCUAAACGAUGUUCUGGAGCCCAUGGCACUGAUAGAGGCUCGCGAACCCUGGAUCGAAUUCCGAGAGCCCUGCAUCGAAUUUCUCUCCGCUUGUCUCUGCAACUGUUCCCCGAGUGGCGUUGGACGUGUAAGGGAAGGGGAGCCCCCGGGAUACUUGCGGAUCCGGUUGGGGGAUUGGGUGAGGGAGAUUCUUGGAGUUGGGGAAGACGGGUGGUCUCGCUUUUCGGGCGAAGUCAAGUAGUGUCGCAGCUGAGAUGGAUAGGAGAGCGGAGAGAUUGAAGGAAGGGGAUCCAGGAAUGCGUCAGGAGAAGUUGCCGCCAUGGUGGUGUGGUAAGGCUGGCUGGCCGUCUGGUAGGCAAAUUCGCCGUAGAACGCGUCAGGGUCGUAGUGUCUCAUCUCCUGGACUGAGGCUCUGCUGCGCGGGCGGUAGGUGGCACCGAUCCCUCCAUUCCUGCUGGCGCCAGUGGUGCUGCCCGCCAGAUCGAAUCUCGCGCUGUUUUUCUUCAUGGAGCUACGCAGACAGCAGCAUCCGACACAGAUGACGACGAUUGUUAGAAUGACUGCCACUGGCCCCAGGAUCACUCCUAUGAGGACUGCAGGCUCAUCCGGGAGAGAAGUGAAGAAGUCGGUAAUCUUUUCAAAAACACCCUCAUCACUGCCUGUCGAUGUUGUACCAGGAGUAGUUGUGGGUGUGGUCUCUGCAGUGUUUGUUUGUGAUGUGGGUGUGGUUUCAAGACUGGUGGUAAGUGUAGACUCCCGGGGGACACUGGGACUUGGUGUGUCUGUCGACACAGACAGAGAUCCAGUGCGUUCCGAUACUGCUGAUGUAGAAGAAGGUCCCUCACUUGUUGGUUCAGGCAGUGUUGACGAAAGGUUUGGAGUCAGUGAAAUAGCUGGUGUGGGAGACAACUGAGUUAUUGUGGGCGUAAAAGUUGACGAUGGGUUGUUGGCAGCCGAUGCAAGUGAUGUGGAUAAAACUGUUUGUGAUUGGGUGACUGUAGCUGGACUUGAGGUUCUAGUACUGCUGGUCAUGACAUCAGUGAUAAUAGGAAAAGCUUUGCUGGAAGUAUGUGUGGAGGAUGUGGUUUCUGAGCUGAU